CUCACCCCACACGGUCCGAAUUCGCGAGAGGCGCCAUGUACGCGCAGGCGACCAGAAGCAGUUCUCGAUGCCUCCUCUCGUCAACCAGGUGUCUCAAUAGCGCUUCAAGAUCACUGCACUCAACCCCCGCGGCGAGCUCUUCCCAUUUGUCAACCCAUCGCACACUCGCUAGCGAUGCGUACACCAAGUCGACGGACCCCGAUGCUCCUUCAGUGUCCACCACCCCGGACAUUACACCUGAACAGCGUUCUGCUUUAGAUGCUGCCCUGCGAGUCGACCAGGCCGGAGAGAUAGCCGCGAACUGGAUAUACAUGGGUCAAUACGCGGUGUUCAGCCGAGACAAGAAUAUCCGGGAGCUCAUCAAGGAAAUGUGGGAGCAAGAGAAGAAGCACAUCAACGUCAUGGACAAGCUGCAGGUGCAGCAUCGCGUCCGGCCAACUAUCCUCGCCGACGCCGCACGCGCAGGGGGCUUCUUGCUGGGCGCAGGGACCGCGCUCAUGAGCCGCGAGGCAGCGAUGGCGUGCACGGAAGCCGUGGAGACAGUCAUCGGGGAGCAUUAUGAUGACCAAUUGAAGGAGAUUGAAGACCUGCCGAACGACCACCCGAGCGUGCCUUUACUCCGCAAGGUCAUCGAGGAGUUUCGAGACGAUGAACUGGAGCACCUGGACAUUGCCGUGGAAAAUUACGCACAGAGGGCGCCAGCUCACGCUUUGUUGAGCACCAUCGUAGGCGCGGGGUGCAAGGUUGCUAUUGAGCUUUGCAAGCGUGUCUGACUUGUGUAGGUCGACGUCAUUGCAAAGACUCUUCCACAUCUCUCUCGUGUCCGUUUCGGCUUCCAUCUUCGCACACAAACAUAAGCACCGCGAGUUGUGUGCGUUGACAACGGUGUUGGAGCUAUCUUUGCAUGUUCAACCUCGAGGGGGCCUAUCUGUUGAUAGCAGCGGUCGGUACGUCAGUCAAGUUCACUGCUCCCUUAUAUCCGUGCUCCCCGCUUUGCAGAGGACCCUGCCGUUGUCUACGACAGCAAGUCAACCCAUGCGUAGCAACUCCGCGUCGGGGCGAUGCAGGUCCCUCUGGUUGACGUUGAGAACUGCGGCGCAAUCCUCACCUGUGCUUGGGCCGCGGGUGGCUGUCAACUCUACAUGCGCAUCGCGGUGCCUUCCGAGUAUCACGGGAAACGAAAAUACCUGACUUCGAGUAGCGCAUCGACCCUCUAGACCUCGCGACUGGCGUCGCAUGCGCAAACAAGGUCGACCGUCGAC